CUUCUAAACCAAAGGACCCCAAACUUGAUUAAGCUCGUUAGGGAGACCCUAUUGGUAUUUCACUGGUCAGCAGGGCUUAAGAGCGUCUUAAGGCUUUCCGUUAACUACUAACAAAUAAGCAUUUCAUGCAAUAAAAUGUUGGAGAAAUUCUUACCGCUUCCGCAAUUUAAUUUUCACAGCAAUGACCCCCUUCUCCUCCUUUCUGGCCCUCCCUCUUCAGGGAAGACCUCUUUAGCUUUCCAAUUCGCAAUUAACUCAGCAACUGGGAAUGACGGUAAUGUGGUCUUCAUUUGCAACCGUCGUAAGUUGGAGACUAAACCCCCUUAUCUUGCUCAGGGAAUUGAUCCAUCCUCUGAUGUUAUUAACCGUAUUCAGAUGAAGUAUAUAGAUGACGAGGAAGGAAUUAAGAAAUACUUUGCUGCAUUCCAUAUGCAUGAUCCUGCUCCAGUUUCAGUUAUUAUUGAUGAUUUUGCUGAUUUUUUCGAUGAAGGGAACUGCCAAGAGAGAUACAAUAAUACUCGAGGAAGGGAUUUGGCGAUGGUUCGGGUAUUAGCCCUAUGUCGUAAUGCCAUUAUGCAUGCUAAUGAAAAGGGGCUAUGUCAGCUUCUACUCUCUGAUACUCAUACUGGUGACUCCCCAAGGUUGCUAUACAUUUACAAGAGAUGGGUCUCCUCUAUUUACACAAUCAAAGGGGAUGGCUUCGGAUCAUAUCUUAUUAGUUGUGGCAGCAACUUGGGUGUUGCCAAAUCUGCAAAAUACUCCAUAGCUCUUCAGUAUUUGGUAUAUGAAGGUAUUACAGAAGAUGAAGAGCAAUCAGAUGAAUGAGUAUUUUUCUCUCAUAGAGGUUUCAGUAUGUCUACCUUCCAAUUUUCAUCAAGUUAGCUCUUAUAUUAACAUCUCUAUAGAUCCAAAGAUAAAUUUUAUUUCAUUGAGUUUUAUAUGCUGAAACAGCAUCUAUUCAGAAAAAGCUAGUGUCGUUGUUAUUGUCUCUGAUAAUAUUACGAGUCUCAGCCAAAUAUAUUUUGACAAGUUCAUUGAAAUUUGGUGAAUGUCAAGAGGGUUUGAGCAAUUUUAAUAGGAUUAACAUUCAUAUGAAAGUUCUGUAACUUGUAUGCGCCUUCGAACAAUUGUACUUCAAAUAUCUAGGGUCAGUCACAGAUUCUCUCUCUUUAUCCAUAGAAUGCUUGUAAAUGAUUGGUAGGUAGCCAGUGUGAUUCAAAUAGAAUGGUACAUUGUUCAAUGGGCGAAAAGAGAGGCCGAUUGACCAACUUUAAAAGAUAGACAUUGAUAUUUACAGUUGCUAUGUAGUAAACUCACUCUGAAAAUACAUUGUACAUUCAUAUGAAAAAUCCAAAAAAAUAAAAAUAAAAAUAGAAAAAUGAAAAGAAAAGAAAAAGAACUAGACAAAUUAGUGGGCUAUCCCUUGUUUUUACCCCGAGUACGUCACUGGACAUUCAUAUGAAAAUCCAAAAAAAAAAAAAAAAAAAAAAAGAAGAAGAAGAAGAA